AUGAGUGAGAGAUUGUUGCUAACAGCACUGAAGGGUGGUAAUAACACUAAGAUCAUUACUUUGAAUGGGAAGAAGAUGAAAAAAAUGCCCUCAGCACUAUCAAAGUUGCCUGGCCUGAGGACUCUAGACCUUCAAAAUAAUCUCAUCUGCAAAGUGUGCCCAGAGCUAAGCACCUUGACCCAGUUGACAUUACUAAAUCUGGGAAACAACCAGUUAGAAGAAGUUCCCGAAGAGAUGAAAUACCUUAUGUCCCUGAAGAAGCUUCAUUUAUUUGGAAACAGGAUUUGUAGAUUUGCUCCUGGAGCCUGUGAUGGCUUACAAGAGUUGAUUCUGCUUAAUCUGAAUUACAAUCAACUUAAGAGUCUUCCUGAAGAAAUUGGCAGGCUGAGGAAUCUUACCUACCUAAGCAUCAAUCAUAACCAGCUCACCAUGAUCCCUACAGAGCUUUGCUCCCUUGCACAUCUUUCUGGAUUGCAUCUUAACUACAAUCAGCUCACGUGCAUCCCUGAAGAGAUUAAGCUUUUGUGCAAUCUUCAGCAGCUUUUUCUGGUCAAGAAUAACAUUGAAGUUUUGCCAGAGGGACUUUGUCAUCUUAAAAAACUAAGAAUCCUGGACAUAGCUGGAAAUUUUAUUCAGAUAUUUCCAGCAGGUUUUCAGAAUCUAAAGCUGAGGGAGUUCUACUGUGAGGGAAAUCCACUCUUCCUGAUGCGGCCAAUUACUGCUAAACAACCUAAAGACAUCUGGACUCUACGGGAAAUAGCAGCAAGAUUUAUCCUGUGUCAGUUAGAAGAAGACAAUGAUUUGAUUGUGAAUGCCAUAGAGUAUUAUCCAGAGACCAAAGACAAACUCUCCAAGGCAAAAAAAUGUGCACUGUGCAGCAAACCCUUUUUAUCCGAAUGGCUGGAAUGUGUUCAGUUUGUUUCCCCAUCAAAGAACUGGAGGAUAAGCAGAAACCUACAGCUGAUACCUCUCCGGAUAUUACUUUGUUCCUACCACUGCUUCAACCAGCGUGGUCCUAAUCUCUUCGGAAUUGCUGCAGAGUAG